UACGACUACGACUACGUAUACGAAUGCCGCCGCCGCCGUGCCGUAUACGUACGAACGUCAGCGAGCGCGAACGAGUGCGAUAGAGUAAGAGAAUGAUGUACGACGCGGCGCGUAUUCGAGAAGGACGGCGAAAGAGAGAUGAAUGGAAAAAAAGAGCGAGACACGAAUAACGAGCGAGACGGGCUAAAGAGUUUUAUAGCCAUCAUCGAACACAACGUUUUGAAACGCAUUGGCAUUGUGUCGCGUGACUCGUACCGUGAACGGUCGUGAGCAGUACGUUUGAUAUGUUUGCGUACUGUAAACAUGUUUCGGAUUUCUAAUUUUUGCGAUGUAUUAGACACCUAACGAUUUAUUAUUACCGGGUUAGUUAUUCGCCAUAAUUCUCGUACAAUUUGAGAAAAAUAUCGUGUUAUUUAUAACGGAUCAAAACACUGUGCAUCUAUUUGUGUGUGUUGUAUUAUUAUUUUAUAGCGCGAUAUUUCGUUCGCGUACUUUUUUCGGAUCGUUCGAGUAAUCAGCCGGAGAUUUUUUUUGCAUCAAUAAAUGCCGCUAAAUGUUGAUUUCGAGAGUACGACAGUGUGUAUUUGUCUUUUGAAUAAUUGAAAUUUCAUCGUUGAUUAAACAAGUUUACGUGCCGUAUCGUUUUGUUACAAUAUUUAAUUUUAACCUUGAUGUCGAAGUACUCGACGAACGCGAAGUUUUUUUUCAUGUUUUUAACGCGCGUGUGUUAAUCUAGGUCGGUUACAUUGUUUGAAAAUUAUCUCGAUUUUACCCACUAUUCCUGCGUUUUUGGUGAGGUUGUUUUUCUCCCUAUUUCAACGUGUAUGGAUUAUUGAACCGAACCGAUAGAGGUGAGUUCGAAUUUUUGCCGUAACUGUUACAGAAUAAGACAAAUACAUUCGAAAUGUCAAGCAAUUGAAAAGUUGUAUAAGGUGACGUUGUCUAGGACGUAAUUUUCGCAACAGCACGAGAAUCGAUGGCAAGAACUACGGCCGAGACAAUUAUAGACUCGCUACCACCUAUAUCCGAUAGUCACUUUCAAUGCCAUCAGCUUCCUUUCCGCCGCCGUAUUCUCGCAACUCUGCCGUCUCGUUUACUACGUUCGCAUCGUUCAACAAUAUUUGUAUUAUUUAGUAGAGUUUAACGAGCGCGAAUUCACGUGCCAUUUAUCUUCGUGUUGGUUUAUUUCUAUCAUUUUUGCCCAUUUUUUAAAAAAAUCUUCAUUUGCGUAAAUAUUGGUAAUUAAUUCGAUUUUACGUGCGAAAUCAUACCAGUGAAUAGUGUUCUGUGAACAAGUUUAAAAAGUUCGAAUUUUUUUUCAUUCCACGUGUAUUUUUUGGAAAAAAAAUUUAAGCAGUAUUUCAUUUGGUUACCAUUUUUUUACGCUUAAUUUUGCGUUCGUACCAGUGUGUAUCGAUUAAAGGUGAUUUUAAUGUAUAUUACCAAGCGGCUAAAUGUGCGCGAUGGACUUGAAACAUCACGAUGUUAUGUAUAAUAAUGGAGGCAGGCCGAAAGGUCAGUCUGUCAUCAAAUCCGAACCACGGAGUAGAAGUCCUUGUUACAAUCAAGGCAGAGAAAUCAUCCGAAGUCCGCCAACUGCCAGCAGUUCCAGCGGACUUUUCAAUGGGAUCGCGAGCUCGAAGAGGCUGCGUCCCCCCGACGACUGGCUCACGGUUACGCCACGUUCGCCGGUGACUGUAGUAAGCUCGGUUGCGGUGUCGGCAUCUACUUCGACGAAUUUAAGCUCGUCGCCGGGACCGGCUUUACAUUCGUCCAUUUAUCCUAGUACUUCCAAUGGAUAUCCCUCGCCGACCAUGUCGACCAGCAGCUAUGAUCUGUACAAUUCUGGAUCCAAGCUUAGCGGCGAAGACUUGUCUCCAAACAGCCAGAAUGGUUACAUAAUGGAGGUUUGCGACGCUAGUAAAAAGAAAAAAGGCCCAACUGCAACGGCCCGACAACAAGAAGAGUUGUGUUUAGUUUGUGGUGAUAGGGCCUCAGGGUACCAUUACAACGCUCUCACCUGCGAGGGUUGUAAAGGAUUUUUCCGGAGGAGUAUUACAAAAAAUGCCGUUUACCAGUGUAAAUAUGGAAAUCAUUGUGAUAUUGAUAUGUAUAUGAGGAGAAAAUGUCAAGAAUGUAGACUGAAAAAGUGCCUUAGUGUUGGUAUGAGGCCUGAAUGCGUUGUACCAGAAUACCAAUGUGCUGUAAAAAGAAAGGAGAAAAAAGCGCAAAAAGAUAAAGAUAAACCUAAUUCAACCACGAAUGGUUCACCCGAAACCAUAAAAAUUGAGCCGGAACUGCAAAGGGUCGACUCAGAUCCUAUGAUGGUGAACGGAGUGAAACCAGUCAGUACCGAACAAGAAGAACUAAUACAUAGUUUAGUCUAUUUUCAAGAACAGUAUGAGCAGCCAUCACCCGAUGAUCUCCAAAGAGUUUUUAGCAGCGACGAAACCGAUCCGCAUGCUGAAGGCGAUAUGAAGUAUAAGCAUAUUACCGAAAUGACUAUUCUAACGGUGCAGUUGAUCGUUGAAUUUGCGAAAAGUUUACCCGGAUUUGAUAAGCUCCUUCGAGAGGAUCAAAUCACUUUGUUAAAAGCAUGUUCUAGCGAAGUAAUGAUGUUAAGAAUGGCUCGAAAAUAUGACUCGAAUACGGAUUCGAUCGUUUUCGCUAAUAAUCAACCGUAUACAAAAGACUCGUACAAUGACGCUGGUAUGGGUGAAACUAUCGAAGAUUUAUUAAGAUUUUGUAGGCAGAUGUGGGCUAUGAAAGUGGACAACGCCGAGUACGCUCUGCUUACAGCAAUUGUGAUAUUUUCAGGUCGACCUGCUUUGGUCGAAGAUUGGAAAGUGGAGAAAAUACAAGAAGUUUAUAUCGAAACUUUAAAGUCUUACGUCGAUAACAGAGUUCGGCCGAACUCAACUACCAUAUUUGCUAGAUUAUUAUCAGUAUUGACUGAAUUAAGAACAUUAGGAAAUAGGAAUUUUGAAAUGUGUUUAACGCUGAAACUGAAGAGUAAAGUUUUACCACCUUUUCUAUCAGAAAUCUGGGACGUUGCUUCUUAAUAUCCAUUUUAGGAACACACUCUUUUUACAAGUUUCUUAGUGUACUUAGAAUUAACUAAUUUGAAUUCUUUCGAAUGUUAUACCAUUUUUUUCUCCUCUUUUCUUUCUUCUUUUAACCAACUAGUGUAUUUAUUAUGUUUGUAUUUUUUUUUCUUUUUUCCCCUCUCUUUCUCUCUCUCUCUUCGACUUUACCAGUUUAAUUUUUACAUUUUUUGUGCGUGUCCAUUAAUAAGUUUACCUGCAUUAUGAGAACGCGUUUUUUGUGCCGUUUAAUUUAAUUUCUUAUUUUAUAACGAAAACAUUUUUUUCCUAUUUUAUAUGAUAAUUUUAUCAUAACGUUGAUUUUUAAUGUGAAAGAUGUAAUUUAUUUUUGAUUUUGAUUUUGAUUAUUUUUUUUUGUCGAAAUGAUGCGUAGAUUUGAAACGUGUUUCUUGAUCUUUUGUAAAUGUUGUGAUAUAUUUUUAAAUGUCUGUCGAUAUCCUUCGUAUUAUUAGAAAAAAUUGUUGGUGUCAAGUAAAUAUUUAACCGAAAGGAUUAGUACAAAUUUUUUAAUUGUUAAAUUUGUAUUCUCAUUUUUUAAAAAAUAAUUUUGAUAAAAUGAAAAUAAUCUUAUUUAAAGAAAAAAAGUACAAAAACAUUGUUGUUCGAGUUUUUGUUAAUUUUUUUUUUCUUUUCCUUUCUCUUGUCAUAUUUUUAGUAUGUUUUGUUUUGUUGCAAUAAGUUUUAAGUCUUAAUUGCUUUGUACAGUAACUUUAUCGAAUUCCCCCCAAUUUUUAAUCCGAAUAGGCUUUUUAUAAUUUUCCUUUUUGUAGCGUGUAGUGUGAUAAGUCGUCGACAAUAUUUCGUGAACGGAUAUGAUAGUAAAACGCCUGCAAUUGUUACGAGUAAAUUUCGAAACGAAAAAAAACCUAGUGCGACGCUUCGAACGCGACGAACGAAUUUUUCAAAUUGAAAUUUUUGUUUUCUGGCCAUGUCUGUGUACGUUAGUGACGCGGAAAUACGAGCUCGUUUUUAGUAAUUUUUUUCCAUUUAUUUUUAUCCUGUUUUAUCUUUAUUGUGGUUUUUUUUUUACGAGUCCUUAGUACGCUAUUUGUUAUUUAACUAAUCGACGAUGUCGAAAUUAACGUGCUCAGUAUUCAAGUUAUUAAUUUUACGAGCUGUAGCGCACUGUGUUUAGUUACCGUUAAAUUAGGAUUAUUGUGGUCGUCGUCGUGUGUUUUUGUGUGUUGGGUUCUCUUUCCUUAUUUAUUAUUUUAUUCGUGUACCGCGAUGAUUUUUAGCGUACUCGAAUAAUAUUCGCGGAAAUUAGCAACAUGUACCCGGAUAUAUGAUUUUUUUUGUUUAAAGAUACGUUUUUCUUUUUUCGAUAGUUCCCUUUUUACUAGUUAGUUUUUAGAUAUAUUUACCUAUUCUAUGCAAAUUUACCUACGUGUCUGUCUAGAUAUGAGUUCGUACUUCAGCGUCGCUGGCAUCGUUGCUUAGAAGUUGUUGAAUGAAAAACGCUUAUUUCUUAAGUUUAAUGCUCCAAAUCCGUUGCCUUGAAAAUAUCUUCUUAGUAUUAUUAUAGAUAAGGAUUUCUUUUACUUUUUUUUUGUAUUGUUUUAUUUAUUUAAUUUAUUUAAAUACGCCGAAAUUUCACGAAUCGAGUGAAGCUUUUGAGAAUGUUUGACUAAGAAUACGAAUAGAAUUACAUAAAAGAGUUUAUGAAAAUGCUAUCUGGUUAAAUUUUAGGUUUGCGACGAGCUGGUCUGAGAGUAUCGAGAGGUUUUUUGUUUUAAAAUAUUUUUAUUCGAAAUUUUCUGACAACAUUUCAAUUGAAAUAAAUACUUAAUGAAAAAAGAUGAAAAAUAAAAACAAAUUUCUGAUUCAUACCCAAUUAAUUUUUUUUUUUUUUUUUUGAGAUCAAAACGUUCGAAAGUUGUAAAAUUUUCAUCCAAAUUAUAAAAUAAUAAAGAUAUUUGAGUAAAAAAAUGAAGAAAUUGUAAUUUUUUGCUAGAAGUUUACCCCAGUGAAAGCGUUCAAGUUUUUUUUUGACUUUGAUUUUUUUUUUUUUUAAAUUCUAUUCUUGAAAAGAUCAGAAAAAUUUCUGGUCAUUUUAGGUGUUUGUUUUCCCUGUAAAAUCAUCUGCAUUAAAAUAUUAUUUCGAGUAAAAUUCUAUCUAACAUAAUUUUUGGAUCUUUAAAAUUUAAAAUUUCGAAAAUUUUGAAACUCAAAAACUCGGUCAAAUUUUCGAAUGAAUGAAAUUUGAGUAUUUUUUUAGUGAUCUGGUUUGAAUAAUAAAUCGAUGCUUUCUCAUCUCUUAAAUUGUAGAUUUCAAAUUUAAUAAACGUAUUCCCUUAUUCUUGAUCCUCGAUGAUCCAUCGUUGCAAUCCUGAUUAAAUUUUCAUUCAUAGUUCGUCGAAUAUCGAUUAAUAAUACUUUUCUUCUUUUUUUUUCUAUUUUUAAUUCUUUUUUCCUUCCUCUAGUCUUUAGUUGUAUAAGGAUUGAAGUUUUUAUUCGUCAGUUAUGAUUCGAAAAUUUGCACGAGCAUAAGAAAUCGAGGACGAUUGAAAUUUUACGAUUUAUUUUUUAAUUUAUCGUUAUUUUUAUCUCGAAUAUGUCCCACGUGAAUUUGUUAUCAUCUUACGAUGAACGAACUAUGGUUUUUUUUUUGUAUAUAUGUGUGAGUGUGUUUGUGAGUCGGCCAUGUACGUUGAAAAGAGGGCCACAAAGCGGUCCUCUUUGAAGCCCUCAAAUCGAUUCAGUGGUUGUUCUAGAAAGAGUGAAUGUGUGUGUAAAUUUCUUACUGACAUCGAUUCAUAUUCUCUUACGAUUACCAUCCGACAGUUCCUUUAGUAAAUUAAUUUUGUCGUCGUGUGUCUUGUUGGGGUAGCAUUUUCAUAAUAGUUUGGCUGAAAUAUUAAUUUUUUUUAACUUUUGAAUUGAAAUUUAGAUCACAUAAAUUUUACUUUUAAUGGAAUUUUUCUUUAAAAAAAAACAAGGAAUUUUGAAGAAGCGUAAUCGUAUUACCGAUUUCUAUUUAACGAGAACAUUGAAAAUUGAACUUUUAAACCUCUAGUUCGGCAUUUAUUUAAUAUAAAAUUACUUUUUUGUCUUACUAGUCACUUGAGAGGCUAUAAUUUAAAAGAAAAAAAAACUGUGAAAUAUUUCAACGUUAAUUUCUAUUAAUCAAACAUUACUUAAUUUUUUCAUGUUUCCAAUACUUCGGUUCGUUAAAUUUAGAUGUUAUUUGAAUUAGAACAAUAUCGAAUGAAGUUAACUUUUUUUUCUUGUUGUUUGAUUUUGUUUUUUAAUGAAAAAAAAGAGCAAUAUUUAACGAUGCGAUAUGUAUUACCUCUUUCGAAUUCGGAUUGUAACCCCAAAAGUACAUGUGUAAUGUGUAUUUUAAGCGAGUAGAUAUUCGUUGGAAGGCGAAAUAGCACUUUCUUUGGUCUUAUGUUUGAUUGAUUCGAUUAUAUGGGUUAGAUAACUUUGACGUCGUGUUGUCGAAAUAUCUAGAUGAAAAAAGUCUUUAAUUUCUCGACGAAACCGUCAUUUAAAACUGAGAAUCAAAAUGAAAAUGAUUUGAUAUCAAUUGGACAUAGGUGCCUCGGAUAUUUAUAAGCUGUAUGUGUGGCUAGAGAUGUUCUACAUAAUAUUUACAGUGCGUUACCUUUUUACCAGGAUUAAUAUUUAAGGUGCAGUUCACUUGUAAGUUUAUAAUUAUAAAUUGAAAUUAAUAUUUUGUUGAGUAUAUGCUUGUAAGUUUUUUACUUUUAUGUAAUAUUACGAUGAUUCUGUAAUUGAAGUAAAAAGAUAUCAUUUGA